CGCCCAUGAAGUGCUGAUGCGACAAGAGCGAUGGAUAUCCAGGUGGCCGUCCAAUCGCAACUAGCCAGCGUGGCUACAGCGGCUGGGAUGUCCAGGAAGGCCGCGUGCUGAACAAGCCACAUACGCAUUCUGCAACAUGUUGUAUUCCUGUCCGGGAAGACGGCAGCGUGUACCAGGGCAACGCAGUCGAACACCGCACUGCGACAAGAACGCCAUCAGUCAGCGAAACGGCACAAGCUAGCGGCUGAUCUCGGAAACCCAUUCUAAGGACGAUGAUAAAUCAGCGCUCAGCCUCGGCAGUCUAUACUCGCUCAGCCAGCGUGUGUACAGGGCUUCUUCCCACCACUUCUCCGGCGCGCUCUGCAUCCCUCUGCUUUGGCUCACCUUCCGCAGCGCUCUGCACCCGAGUUCCGUGCGAGGGUGCACGCCCGGACGUCGCAGACCUCAAGGACCAGUCCGGGAUCGCGACUUCUUUCGGCCUCUUCAAAACAAAUGAUCCUAGACGAGGGCAACCAGUGCUCAAUUCUCAGUUACUAAGAGUACCCACCCCAUCUUCCUCGCUUCUGCCACGAAGAGCCAGUCCUCCGCCGCUUCCUCUCCCGAAAUAUCUCUGCAGAGCGGUCUGCUUCAAUGCGACAGGAGGCCGCCGCUUCUCUGCUGCUCGAAUUGACGAAGUUGCGAACACGCGUACAUGCGCUUCCUGGCCAAAUUCGAGUUCUUUGGGGUGCGGCGGAUCUGUCCUUGGAGUCAUUCCAUUUCCGCGACGUUAUCACCUGGUGCGUCCAGAUCUGGUCCAGCACCCCGGAUCCUCGCCUUCCGUAUCGCCCGAAAAUAACUUCACGCAGACAUCGCCGGACUAGAAGCCUCCCGCGCGGGACGCGCUCCCCUGCCCAGCGCAACCCGUCCCCCCGAGCUUGAGUACUCCGCCAAACACGAGCUCGCUCCUU